GCCGAGGCGGGGGCCGCGCGCUGCUCCGGGCGCCGCCGCUCCGGGCCCCUGUGCGCGCCGCUGCCGCGGGAGCGCGGGGCGAUGCCGGCCAGGAGGAAGCCGAGGGCGCCACGGAGCGUGACAACAUGGCGCUGAGGGACCGCGGGACAGACAUGCGGCCUUAGCGUGGCCGGCAGAGCCGCCGAGAUGGCCGCCCAGCGCAUCCGCGCGGCCAACGCCAACGGGCUCCCCCGGUGCAAGUCCGAGGGGACCCUGAUCGACGUGAGUGAGGGGCUCUCGGAGAGCAGCUUCGACGACGUCAAAGUGCCUUCCCCCAGUGCCUUGCUCGCCGAGAGCCCCACGCCCUUCGGCAACGCCAAGGAGGUGGUGGCCAUCCGCGACUACUGCCCCACCAACUUCACCACGCUCAAGUUCUCCAAGGGCGACCACCUGUACGUGCUGGACGCGUCGGGCGGGGACUGGUGGUACGCGCACAACACCACCGAGAUGGGCUACAUCCCCGCGGCCUACGUGCAGCCCCUGGACCCGCGGCUGUCCACGCUGAGCGACAGCGGCGUCAUCGACCCGGCGGCCGACAGCCCCGACGAGGCGGCGGCCCAGGAGCUGGACCUGUUGGGAGGCUGGCCCGAGGAGCGGGCGCCCGGCCGGCCGGCCAGCAACAACCCCUUCUGGCCGGGGCUGCAGACCAACCCGUUCCUCAACGGCCACGGCCCGGCCGCGCCCGCCAGCUCCGUGGACCUGCUGCUGUUCGAGCCGGCCGAGGCGGUGGCCGCGGGCCCGUCGUCGUCGUCGCCGUCCUCGGACAACCCCUUCUUCCGCAGCAAGCGCUCGUACAGCCUGUCGGAGCUGUCGGUGCUGCAGGCCCGCGCCGACGCGCCCGCCUCCGCCGCGGCCGCGGCCGGGGCGCUCUCCGCGGGGCUGCAGUCGCCGGCGCCCGAGCAGUUCCAGAGCCGCGAGGACUUCCGCGCCGCCUGGCUGAGCCACCGCAAGCUGGCGCGCUCCUGCCACGACCUGGACCUGCUGGGCCAGAGCCCCGGCUGGGGCCAGACGCAGGCGGUGGACACGGGCGUGGUGUGCAAGCUGGGCAGCGGCGGCGGCGCCGUGCGCCUGCCGGACACGGGCAUCAGCCUGCACGUGCCCGAGGGCCACGUGGCGCCCGGCGAGACGCAGCAGGUGUCCCUGCGGGUGCUGCCCGACCCCCCGCUGGAGCUGAACAGCGACCGCUGCAGCAGCGUGAGCCCCGUGGUGGAGGUGCGGCUGGGCACGCUGGCCGUGCGCACGGGGCUGGUGCUGGAGCUGCGGGGCGCGGCCGAGGUCAAGGCCGACGCGUUCAGCCAGAGCGCCGUGGGCCUGCGGUGCCUGCGCAGCGCCGCCCGCGACGGGCCCUACGCGCCCGCGCCCCUGAGCUGCAGCCGCGGCGACACGGUGCAGGUGCAGCUGGACCCGCUGGAGCCCUGCAUGUACCUGGCGCUGGUGGCGCACGGCCCCGACAUCCUGUACCCGGCCACCGUGUGGGACUUCAUCCACAAGAAGGUGACGGUGGGCGUGUACGGGCCCAAGCACAUCCACCCGUCCUUCAAGACGGUGGUGACGCUCUUCGGGCACGACUGCGCCCCCAAGACGCUGCUGGUGGGCGAGGCGGCGCGCCCGGCGCCCGUGGCGCUGCAGCUCUGGGGCAAGCACCAGUUCGCGCUGGCGCGGCCGCAGGACCUGCAGGUGAGCGUCUUCCCCAGCGUGAGCAGUUACGAGGUGCAGGCGGAGGCGGCGGCGGCGGCGGCGGGCGCGCCGGCCCGCGUGGUGCGCGGCUUCCAGCUCAAGCUGGGCAAGGCCAGCCGGCUGCUCUUCCCCAUCGCCUGCCGCGGCGCCGCCGAGCCGGCCGACUUCACGCUGUGCGUGCAGGUCAAGGACGAGCGCGACGCCGUGCUGGCGCAGUUCUGCGUGCGGACGCCGCCGCCCCCGCCCAAGAGCGCCGUGCGGCCGGCGGGGCCGCGGCGCUUCCUCAAGAAGAACGAGGUGGGCAAGAUCGUGCUGUCGCCGCUGGCCGCCGGCGCCGCCGCCCGCUACCCGACCUUCCGGGACCGGCCCGUGGGCAGCCUGAAGCUGGGCAAGCUGCUGAAGACGGUGACGCGGCCGAGCAAGAGCCACUACCUGCUGGAGUACCGCAAGGGCGAGGUGCUGGCGCUGCUGAGCGAGGAGCGCGUCCGCCUGCGCGGGCAGCUGUGGACCAAGGAGUGGUACAUCGCGUACCACCAGGGCCGCGUCGGGCUGGUGCACGCCAAGAACGUGCUGCUGCUGGGCCGCGCGCGGCCCGCGCUGCUGCCGGGCCCCGAGCUCAGCACGUCGCUGCUGCUCGAGCAGAUCCUGCGGCCCUGCAAGUUCCUCACCUACAUCUACGCGUCGGUGCGCACGCGCCUCAUGGAGAACGUGGGCAGCUGGCGCGCCUUCGCCGACGCGCUGGGCUACGCGCACCUGCCGCUCACCGCCUUCUGCCGCGCCGAGCUGGACAGCGAGCCCGAGCGCGUGGCCUCCGUGCUGGAGAAGCUCAAGGAGGACUGCAACAGCGCCGAGAACCGGGAGCGCAAGUCCUUCCAGAAGGAGCUCAUCAUGGCCUUGCUGAAGAUGGACUGCCAGGGCCUGGUGGUCAGGCUCAUCCAGGACUUUGUGCUGCUGACCACAGCCGUGGAGGUGGCACAGCGCUGGAGGGAACUGGCCGAGAAGCUGGCCAAGGUGUCCAAGCAGCAGAUGGACGCCUACGAGUCCCCACACCGGGACCGGAACGGGGUGGUGGACAGCGAGGCCAUGUGGAAGCCCGCCUACGACUUUCUCCUCACCUGGAGCCAACAGAUUGGGGACAGCUACCGGGACGUCAUCCAGGAGUUGCACCUGGGCCUGGACAAGAUGAAGAACCCCAUCACCAAGCGCUGGAAGCACCUCACGGGAACACUGAUCCUUGUGAACACCCUGGACGUGCUGCGCGCGGCCGCCUUCAGCCCGGCUGACCAGGACGACUUUGUCAUCUGAAAGGCCACGCCUCCUGGCCGGCCACGCCCACCAAGGCCACACCUCCGGGAUGGGUCCUGCCCACCCAGGCCCUGCCUCCUGGUCGGCCACGCCCACCCAGGCCACGCCUGCUGUCGGGCCCCGCCUACUCAGGCCCCAUCUCCUUCGGGCCACGCCCAUUCAGGCACCGCCCACCCAGGCCACACCUCCGGGUUGGGUCACGCCCAUCCAGGCCCGCCUCCUGGUGGUUGGCCAUGCCUACCAAGGCCACGCCUACUCAGGCCCCAUCUCCUUCAGGCCACGCCCACCCAGGCCAAGCCCCUGGUUGGCCCCGCCUCCUGCCAGGCCACGCCCACACGGGCCCAGCCUUCGUCCCGCCCCCGCUGGGAGACUGCUGCAGAUACUGGGUGUUGGGGUCUGUGGGCCCGGUGGGUGGGCUGCCCAGACAGAGUCGGGAUUCCCCCAGGCUGGGCCGACCCUGGGGACCAAGCACACCCUUGCUCCCCACCUUCUUGUCUCCAGGGAGACCAGAGGAGACCCUCUCCCGCAGGGCGGUGCCAAUCCGAAUAGCUUUCUAUUUGUGAAGAAUUGCAGUCCCUUUUUUUUUUUUAAGUAUGGGGCGGCGACCUAUCAGAUUGGUACCUAAUUUUUUAAUGACCCGUAAAGGUUGGGAGGAAAAAAAAAACCGCCCCACUUCGGAGGGGCAGAGGCUGUUGAGGUUUUUGUGUUAUAUAAAAAGCCUUUUUAAA